AUGUCGGUCGUAUGCCUGGUAGAUGAACUGAUUUUUCAAUCCACUACCACUGGAUUCUGGCCCGUUGUUCUGGUCUUACUCUUGGGAAGGCGAGAAAUAAUCAGAUUACCAGGGUCAAAGUCCAGUGAGACUCAGUUUCUCUGCUCUGCUCUGCACCUAGUGCUUCUCCUGUGGAGGGAGAGUGAGGCCUGGUCCUACCAUGCGUCCACCAACACCAUGACCUUUAAUGAAGCCAGUGCCUACUGCCAACGCCACUAUACUCACCUGGUGGCCAUCCAGAACCAAGCAGAAAUCCAGUAUCUCAACUCCCUCUUCAGCCACUCACCAACCUACUACUGGAUUGGCAUCCGGAAAAUUAAUGAGACCUGGACCUGGAUUGGGACCAAAAAGGCUCUGACACCAGAAGCUACCAACUGGGCCCCAGGAGAGCCCAACAAUAAACAGAAGAAUGAGGACUGUGUGGAGAUCUAUAUCCAGAGAAACAAAGAUGCAGGCAUGUGGAAUGAUGAGCGGUGCAACAAGAAGAAGCUAGCCUUAUGCUACACAGCUGCCUGCAAUGCCACAUCCUGCAGCGGCCAGGGAGAGUGCAUAGAGACUAUCAACAAUUACACCUGCCAGUGCUUCCCUGGCUUCAGUGGACUCACAUGCGAGCAAGUGGUAACCUGUCCCGCCCUGACGAACCCCAAGCAUGGAAGUCUGGUUUGUAGCCACCCUUGGGGCCACUUCAGCUACGAGUCCUCCUGCCAGCUCAACUGUAUUCAGGGCUAUGUGCCCAGCACCACCGAGGCCCAGCGCUGCCUGGCAUCUGGGGAAUGGAGCUCCCCACCUCCCACCUGCCAAGCAGAAUGUAAGAGAAUGACUGAGACAAACUCCACCCAUCCCCUGGAGUCCAUAUAUUCUCAGGUCCCUGGGAGCUUCCCCAGAAACACCAUCUACACAUUUAGCUGUGAGGAUGGCUUUAAGCUGUUGCCCCACCCCACCCAGUGUUGGCCAUCCAGUGCUAACACACAGCAUGCCUGUGUUUCAGCUGUGACAUGUAGUGCCCUCAGCCAGCCAGAGAACAGCUCUGUAAGAUGCAAUCACUCAACUGCUGGAUUCUUCACCUUUGGGACCACCUGCGAGUUCACCUGUGAUGAAGGCUUCCGUCGUCAGGGACCCACCCAGAUUCAGUGCACAGAGUUUGGCAGCUGGACGCAACAGGCUCCUGUGUGUGAAGCUCUGAAGUGUCCAGCCUUAUCCAUCCCAGAGCGAGGACACAUGCAGUGCCACCCCGGGGCUUCUGGAGGUUUCCAAAUAGGUGCCAGUUGUGAGUUCACCUGUGACCUGGGCUUUGACUUGCUUGGCCCCUCCCGACUACAUUGUGGCCCCGAGGGGCAGUGGAAUGCCUUGGAGCCCACCUGCAAAGCUGCAGUGUGCAGGCCUGUGCAGGAGCCUCAGAGAGGCUCAGUCUCCUGCUCCCACCCCCAGAGUGGAGAAUUCACCUAUGGGGCCACCUGCACCUUUCGCUGUGAGGAAGGCUUUGUGCUUAUCGGUGCCUCCCAGCUGACCUGCAGCUCUGGGGGCCAGUGGUCCCACACCAUCCCCUCCUGCAAAGCUGUCCAUUGUCCAAUCCUAGAGGCCCCUGAGAAGGCAAAUAUAAGCUGCAGCAGCAGAGAACCCACGCAAGGUGCCGUUUGCAACUUCGCUUGUCCUGAGGGCUGGAUGCUCAAUGGUUCAGCAGUGUUGACGUGUGGUGCCCAAGGACACUGGUCGGGGAUUGUGCCCACCUGUGAAGCUCCCAUGGAGUCCAGCACCUCGCUGACUGUGGGAUUGUCCAUAGCAGGAACGUCCCUCCUUGGUGUGUCAUCGUUCCUCCUCUGGCUCCUGAAACGCCUUCGCAACAAAGUUAAGAAAUUCGUGCCUACCAGCUGCGGACAAGUCAAGGUUUUCACGGCACAUGCUACUAGCAGGAUCACGCCCCUAAAAAGAGUAGAGACCAAGACAGCGAACUCCUGGGUCUCCAGUCAUACUAGCCACAGCAGUGACCUGACCAACGUAGACCUCAGCUCCCACAAGCAGAACAUCCCCAGCUCAGCGCACAGAGGGGCCAGACCAGCAGCCUCUCAUCACCAAGAUGCCUCCACCAGCAUUCUGUCCCCAUCAAAGGAAAGAGCCCAGUUCAGCAGGGAGAGUCUGGUUCAGAAAAACAGCAAAAAAUGA